GCAGCUGCUGUGGGCCCCGGGUUGAGUCAGCCUUAGUCGCGAACUGCUCUUCUCCAGGUCCCUGAAACUUGGCCCAGGGGAGCUGGAGCCUCCUAGGAAAGUGUCCUCCCAUACUGGACUCCUACAGGAAGCUACACGUGCCCAGCUGGGGCACGGCUCCAGCUGAUGCCCCAGAGGGGGCACCCAUCUCAAGAGGGGCUUUGGGCCCUGCCCUCCCUCCCCAUGGAGCAUGGGCCAGAGCCUGAGGCUGAAGGACUGUUGGACCUCAGCUUCCUGACGGAGGAGGAGCAAGCGGCCAUUGCUGAGGUCCUCAAGCGAGAUGCCCACCUGCGCCAGCUGGAGGAGGGGCGGGUCAGCAAGCUCCGGGCCUCGCUGGUGGACCCUGGGCAGCUGAAGAUCCUGACAGGGGACUGGUUCCAGGAAGCACGUUCCCAACGCCACCACCAUGCACACUUCGGUUCUGACCUUGUCCGAGCCUCUAUCCGCAGGAAGAAGAGCUCCAGGGGCACACUUCCUGAGAAGGGGGCUCACGGAGCUUCUCACCUGGGCCCAGGGGACCAGGCUGUGGGCAGCGAUGGGGAGGCUGAGGCUGCUGGGAAAGAGAACGAAGAGGAGCCAGAGCCCAGGCCCCCCAUAGAUGAGGCCCCCCAAGAGAGGCUCCAGGAGACUGAGGGACCUGAUUUCCCACCGCCAUAUGUCCCCCUAAAGGCUUCAGAUCAGGAGGAGGAGCCCCAGGCCCAGGAAGCCCCCGGCCAUGGGGGCGUGCAGGUCUGCGAGGAGAAGGCGGACCAGGAGCUGGAGCCCGCGUCGCGGGUAGAGAAGGAGCCGCUGCCCGCCCCAGACCAGGUAGGCGGGAGCGGCCUGCGGCUGCUCUCAAGACCCGGAGCGGAUUCAGGGCGGGGAGUGCUCCUCCCAGGGCUACGAGCCAUCUGCGACCCCGUGCGGUCGGGGGAGGGGAAGGGAAAGAGGGGGCGCCCCUGCCACUUCUCCCCUCUCCGGACCAAGGCUGCACCCAAGAUCCUGGAGAACGGGGAGGAGGCCCCGGGCUCUGGCCCCGCACUGGACCGCAUGCUCAGCAGCAGCUCCUCGGUGUCCAGCCUGAACUCCUCCACGCUGAGCGGCAGCCUCGUGAGCCUGUCGGGGGAGGCCGAGGCGGUGCCGGUGCGCGGCUCCGUGCACUUCGCGCUGCACUACGAGCCGGGCGCCGCCGAGCUGCGCGUGCACGUGAUCCAGUGCCAGGGCCUGGCCGCCGCGCGGCGCCGCCGCUCCGACCCCUACGUCAAAAGCUACCUCCUCCCGGACAAGCAGAGCAAGCGCAAGACUGCGGUGAAGAAACGGAAUCUGAACCCGGUCUUCAACGAGACUCUGCGGUACUGUGUCCCGCAGGCCGAGCUCCCGGGCCGCGUGCUGAGCCUGUCGGUGUGGCACCGUGAAAGCCUGGGUCGCAACAUCUUUCUGGGUGAAGUCGAAGUGCCCCUGGACACGUGGAAUUGGGACUCGGAGCCCACCUGGCUCCCCCUACAGCCGCGGGUCCCACCCUCUCCCGACGAGCUUUCCAGCCGCGGGCUGCUCUCACUGUCCCUCAAGUAUGUCCCCGCCGGCUCGGAGGGCGCGGGACUGCCCCCGAGCGGGGAGCUGCACUUCUGGGUGAAGGAAGCUCAGGACCUCAUCCCCCUGCGCUCGGGAUCCCUGGACACUUACGUGCAAUGCUCGGUGCUGCCUGAUGACAGCCGGGCCAGUCGCCAGCGUACCAGGGUGGUGCGUCGCAGCCUCAGCCCCGUGUUCAACCACACCAUGGUUUACGACGGCUUUGGGCCUGCUGACCUGCGCCAGGCCUGUGCUGAGCUCUCCCUCUGGGACCACGGGGCCCUGGCCAGCCGCCAGCUGGGGGGCACACGCCUCAGCCUGGGCACCGGCAGCAGCUACGGGCUCGAGGUGCCCUGGAUGGAUUCCACACCUGAGGAGAAGCGGCUGUGGCAGACACUCCUGGAGCAGCCGUGCGAGUGGGUGGAUGGCCGUCUACCCCUCAGAACCAACCUGGCCCCCAGGACGUAGCCCUCCCUGGACCUCCUUCUCAGGAUCUGCCCUUAGCUAAAGUCAGUAGUCUGCUUUGAGGG